ACGUACGAAAGUUUCCAGUCUUGCUAUUUUUUGUUUAUGGUCUAUGGUCAAUCCCGUCAACGUGUUCUUCAUUUGUUUAUGUUAAAAAUAAAAAUAAAUUAUGGAAGUUUCAGUUAAAAAAAGGCAAAAGCAUUUGUCGCGUCAAGAACUUGAAGGUCUAAACAAAGCAGAACUAAUUGAUAAAGUAAUUCAACUGCAAGCAUAUAAUAUUCAACUAAAAAAUCUUCUACAAAAGAAGCUUGACGCCGAUGCCGGAGAUACGGUGGAUCCAAAAGACGAAUCGGUGGACAGAACAAAUAAGCGAAAAUUCGAUUUCAGCAAGUCUUCAAAGCGCCACGUAUUACUUAAAUUUCUCUAUUUUGGUUGGGAUUACAAUGGUUUAGCAUGUCAAGAAGAUUCUAACAAAACAAUUGAGUAUCACAUCUUUAAAUCACUUGUCCGAACAUGUCUCAUUGAAUCUCGAGAAACCUCGAACUAUAAUCGAUGUGGCCGAACGGACAAAGAGGUGAGCGCAUUUUGUCAGGUUAUAUCAAUUGAUUUGAGAAGCAAAUUCCCAGAAGAUCAACACUUUACUGAUGAAACGAUUAAAAAUGAAAUUGAUUAUUGCGGUCUUCUUAACAAAGUUCUUCCCAAAAAUAUCCAAUGUAUCGCUUGGAUGCCACUACGUUGUAAGGAGUACAGCGCAAGAUUUGAUUGUAAGAAGAGAACUUAUCGUUAUUUCUUCCCAAUCGGAGACUUGAAGUUACAAUCAAUGCGUGAAGGAUGUGAAUUGCUCACCAAGUCUGUGGAUGCAGACUUUAGAAACCUUUGCAAAAUGGAUGUUCAUAAUGGCGUCAUGAAUUAUAAACGAAAGAUAUAUUCUGCAACCAUAAAUGAGUGCCCCAAUCAAAAUGAAAAAGGCAGCUUUAAAAUGUGUUAUUUGGAAAUACAAGCAAAUUCGUUCUUAUGGCAUCAGAUUCGAUGUAUAAUGUCCGUUUUAAUGCUAAUCGGAGAAGGAAAGGAGGAACCUAAUGUUAUCGAAGACCUCCUUGAUAUCAGUUCUAAUCCAUGUAAACCACAAUAUACACCAGCUGCUGCAUUUCCACUGAAUUUGUACCACUGUGAGUUUCGAAAGAUUUCAGAAAAAAACAAAGUGAGGACCCAAAACGAUCAUCAAUUAUUAAUUGGCGAAGAGGAAGAACCAUUGGAAAAUUGUGACUUGUCGAAUUGGGUUUAUAAUAAAGACAACUUGUUAAAACUCAUUGAAACAAUUCAAGGUGGAUGGACAGAACAAAGUGUAAAAUCCUUUAUGAUGCGAAGUGUUCUCAGUAGUUUGGAAGAUUUAUUGAAACAGCAAUAUGGGGACUGCAAUGUUACCGCUCAAGCGAAUAUAUUGCAUGAAUGCGUACGAAGGAAACAGUAUCAGCAACUUAUGACGAGGAAACGAUGCGAGAGUCUUGAAAAUCGUGUUGAACACUUUGUCAAAAAGCAGCGUUUGGUUAUGAAGGAUAGUUGAGCAUCUAAAGAAAAUUCCUGUACAAUAAAACAAUUUUAAUUAAUAAAAUAUAAAUAUUGAUACAUUUAUUUAAAAUUA